AUGAGGCUGGUGGAACUCGUCUACAAUAUCUUGUGGCAAUUCAUCCUACAUUACCUGAUGCCAACAUCAAACUCCAUUGGGCAGCACUGCAGUCUAGAGACUCCUGACCUGGUGGGGAUCUCUGUGAUUGGAGACAUCCUAUUUGGAGCAGUUUUACCUCUCCAUAUAGAGAAAGUCUACCCCAAGAUCCUAUAUACCGAAAAACCAAUGCCAGUCAUCUGCACAAAAUUAUCCUUGGAAACAUACCUUCAGCUCCAUGUUGUAAAAUACGCCACCAUGGAGAUAAACAACAACCCAGACCUUCUCCCAAACAUCACAUUGGGCUAUCAUAUGUAUGAUUCCUGCUCCACUAUUCAGAGGGAGUUGGAGGGGACAAUAUGGAUGAUGACGGGAGGCACAAAGGCUGUCCCCAACUUUCAGUGUCAAAGACUAGAGAAGCCAGCAGCUAUCAUUGGCCAUUCCACCUCUACCUACUCCAUCCUCAUGGCCCAUAUUCUUGGGUUAUCCAGUUAUCCACAGAUAAGUCACUUGUCAACCAGUUCCCUCCUAAGUGAUAGAAGACAAUUCCCUUCUUUCUUUCGGACUGUGCCAAGUGAUGCCUUCCAAUCUAAAGGACUGGCUCAGCUUGUUUUACAUUUUGGCUGGACAUGGGUGGGAUUGGUGGCCCUGGCCAAUGAUUAUGGUCAACAGGGUAUUCAGGUUAUUAAGCAAGAAAUCCUUAAAUCUGGGGCUUGUGUGGAGUUCACAGAGUUUAUUCAGAUUGAUAGACCCGACAGUAACAUUCCUUAUAUUGGACAAGUUAUAAAAACGUCUACGGCACAAGUCGUGGUUGUCUUCUCUACUGAUGUCCAUUUUUUGCUCGUACUUGAUGAGCUUUUGAGACAAAAUGUAACUAAAAAGAUAUGGAUAGCCAGUGAAGCUUGGUCAACCACUACAUUAUUUUCUUCAGAAAAAUAUUCCAAGCUUCUUGAGGGAACCAUAGGGUUUGCAUUCUACAGUGGAAAUAUUCCUGGAUUUCAAGAGUACUUACAGCUGAUUUAUCCUGGCAACCUGCCAGAAAAGCCUUGGAAUUGGAUGUUCUGGGAAGACAAUGUUGGUUGUGCAUUUUUAGACUUUGGAAGCUUUACGUUCCCCAAACAGAGACCCUCAAGAAACUGCACUGAGAGCGAUAAGAUCACAGAUUUUCAAAUGUACCUUAAGCAAAUGGCCAGUAUUCGCAAGUCGUACAAUCUGUACAGCGCCAUUUAUGUGGUUGCCAAAGCUUUGCAUGACCUGACUACAUGCAGACCAGGAAAUGGUCUUUUCCUUGACAGAAGCUGUUCAGAUAGCUGGGACUUUAAACCUUGGCAGUUUCUAAAGUAUAUGAAGACAGUCAGUGUGAAGCUGAGCAGUGGACAAGACAUGUUCUUUGAUAGUAAUGGGGAUCCGCCUCCUGUGUAUGACAUAGUCAACUGGCAGCUGAGCUCGAAUGGUGGAUUGAUACAGGCCAACGUUGGACAAUAUAACUCAUCGGCCUUCAUUGUUAAUAUGACGUCUUUAAGAUGGGAUAUGGGUGACACCAAGAUUCCUGUCUCAGUUUGUAGUGAAAGAUGUCCUUCAGGCUUCAGAAAAGCCCCUCUUAGUAGAAAACCCACCUGUUGCUUUCAAUGUAUACCUUGCCCUCUCGGAGAAAUCACCAAUAAAACUGAUGCAAAUGAAUGUCUUAAAUGUCCAUGGGACCAUUGGCCGAACCAACGAAAAGAUAAAUGCCUACCAAAACAUAUAGAAUACCUCUCCCAGGAAGAGACCUUAGGCAUCGUCUUGAUGUCCACCAGCAUCACAUCCUCCAUAUUUCCUUUAGGUGUCCUGGGACUUUUGAUUCACUACAAGACCACACCCAUUGUAAAAGCCAACAAUUAUGUCGUCAGUUGUCUUCUCCUGGUCUCCAUGUCUCUCUGCUUUCUCUCCUCUCUGGCUUUUAUUGGAUAUCCAAACCACGUCAAGUGUCUUCUUCGCCAGGUGACUUUUGGGAUGGCCUUCGCUCUUUGUGUCUCAUGUAUCUUGGCUAAGACCUUUACGGUUAUGAUAGCAUUUAAGGCAACAAAACCAAAGAGUAGUUGGACCAAGUGGGCCAGACCUCAAAUAUCAUAUCUGGUGAUUGGCCUGGGAACAUCACUUCAGUUCCUCAUAAGUUUUAUGUGGUUAUUGUUUGCACCUCCUUCCCCACAAUACAACUUGAAUGCAAAAUCUGAAGUUAUCUUAGCUGAGUGCAAUGAAGGGUCUCUCGUGGCUUUUUGGUGUACAACUGCUUAUUUAGGCUUCCUAGCCUUGGCUAGCUUUCUUGUGGCCUACUUAACCAGACAGCUUCCCGGUAGCUACAAUGAAGCUCGGUUCAUCACCUUUAGCAUGCUGGCUUUCCUAAGUGUCUGGGUAUCCUGUAUUCCGGCUUCACUCAGCACCAGUGGUAAAUAUGCCGUAGCCAUGGAAAUAUUUGCAAUCCUUUCCUCCAAUUGGGCAAUGCUGUUCUGUAUGUUUGCCCCAAAAUGUUAUAUUAUUUUGUUCCAACCCCAUAUGAACUCAAGAAAACACCUCAUGGGGAAAAGAUAA